GCAGCGUGAUAAAAUAGAAACAGUACCCAGACGUACAAGCGGGGUUUCGGUCGUCCCACUUUCAAGUUUCAGCUGAAAUGACGAUAUAAAAUGGGCCUGAAAAAGUAUUUGUUUGCAAUAUUUGUUGGUUACAUCGGAUUUCUUCUCGUUGAUAGAUUUGAUCCAGCAAGUAUAAAUGGCAAGCGAGUGGUGAUCACCGGCGCCAGUACUGGUAUAGGGGAGCAGAUAGCAUACCAGUAUGCUAGCCUAGGAGCAAGGGUUCUGAUCACAGCACGCAGGGAAGCACUGUUAAAACAGGUCGUGGCCAGAUGCAAGGAGCUCGGAGCCAAGGAAGCCUUCUACCUCCCGCUAGACAUGGGCAGAGAAAACGACACCAGGAGGUUGAUUGAUGAGGCUAAGGCGAGGUUUGGAGGCCUGGACCAUCUCAUCCUGAACCACGUUGCGUACAGUGAACUGGCUGUGUGGUCAGGGGACUUGGAUGGUUUAAGAAAGGCUAUGGACAUAAACUUCCAUGCGUAUGUGAGUCUGGCAACAUUUGCCACUCCGAUGUUAGCAGAAAGCAAGGGCAGCAUCGCAGUUGUAUCAUCUGUUGCAGGAAAAGUAGGAGUUCCUUUUGUAGCUGACUACAGCGCAUCAAAGUUUGCCCUUCACGGCUUCUUUGACACGUUACGGCAGGAAUACCAGAUGCAGAACAUGGGCAUCUCUGUGACAAUAUUUUCUCUUGGCUCAAUCUCAACUGAGAGAGCCCUAGACAACUCCAAGGGGACGAUGUACACCGGCAUGUAUAUCACCACGCCCUCCUCCACGGCCUACCGCAUCAUGGCAGGAACCACCAACAGGGAGAGGGAGGUCUUCUAUCCCAGGCACCAGACACUGAUCUUCCCGAUUCUGAGGGACUUGGCCCCCCAACUCUUGGAAGCGCUGAUGCAGCAGACCGUGAAGCCGGAAGUCCGUGAAAAUUUGCUGAAAAAUCAAAAUCCUCUCAAUAAGAAGAAUUGAUUGCCAAGUUUCAUAUUUUUGUUUAAACAUGCCUGGUUUCAAAAAACGGUUUUUGGCGACUGUGGCUGAUUUGGUGGAGCUGCUGACCACAGAAAUGUGAUGAGUACAAAGAUGAGUUGCCCCCGGUUCUUUUCAGAACCUCAACAACUCACAAAAUGAUUUGUUACAUGGUGCUAAUGUAUAUUUUCUCCUUUUUUUUGGCUAUUUUCCCCAUGCAAACCUUCAAAUCCUAUCUGAGUACAAGAGUAUUUACUUAGCAAAAAAAACAGGUUACCCACCAAGAGGCAAUAUUAAUAGUGUAUUUAUAAAGCGCCUGUAUCCACCAUUAUUAGUGCUCAAGGCCCUACGUGUACAUCGUUAUCACCCUGCUCAUUGGGCCAAUGAAACAUUCCAAACACAAUCUCAGCUCCCUCACAGGUACCCAUUUACUCCUGGGUGGGAAAAUAUAUUCUAUGCUUAGUAAAUAUUUUGUGCUUAGCCCCAAGUAUAGCAUCUUCCCAACUAUAGUUUUGGCGAUCCCAACUAUAAUUUGGGCGAUGCCAAUUAUAGUUUGGAUGAUCCCAGUUACAGUGUGGGCCAUUCCUAUAAUUGUUUUAUUAAUAGAUUGCUGAUGAAAAUUGUCUUCAUAUAGCCUAGAAUUUAGAUAUUCUUAAGCUUUGAAAGUUAUUAUUCUGUUAUAUGUCAAGGUGUGCCAACUGAGAGAAUCAUGCCACAAUAAAAUACAUGUAUGGUGUGAAAUGGCUUUUUGGACACUAUGGAAAUUUAAGUUUUAAACUUGUCCGUUAAAAUGCUGCCAGUUAUAUGAGGUAAAGGUCCUUGAUUUGUAUAUGUUGUUCGUUUACAACUGUUAUUGUAAUAAUGUUUUAAAUAUUAAUACGAUUCAGGUCUGCUGACUGAUACCAAGUAUCUUAAAAACUCAGAUGUGAUUUUGAAAGAUUUUUGUGUAGAUGUAAUGUGUCAUAUCAAUGAGCGUAAACACACUUAAAGGCAUAUAGGAUCAUUUGCAUUUACCCCAAAAGUAACCUACCAAAUUAUUAUCCAAAAGCUUACUUAGGUUAAAGAGCAUACUGGUACUAAACACUUCGUGAAAUUAUUCAGUCUGGCUUGCUGUCAUUAAGACAAAAAUCAAGAAAUGUGGGUGAUUUCCAACGAUCAGUCAAUUGACUGAUUUUUGGAAUAAAGAUUUAUGACACAAUCAGGUUCCGUGAUCAAAAGAUUGUGCAUGUUUUGUUUUUACUAUUUUCUUAAAAAGUGUAGUAUCCACGGAGCUGAGACUUCAACAGGGUAGGUUUUGAACAUUCUUUAGUGAAGUUUGAGUAGUGUUAUUAUUGCAAACAAACAAUAAGCAUGAAAGGCAAAUGAUCCUAUAUGCCUUUAAUUCCUCACAAACCAUCUACCUCACUCAAAGAGUGUAAACAAUUUUUUUUACGAUUGACUUUCUAUACAAAAUUAAUGCUGCCCACUUUUUAAAACAUUGUAUGUAUAUUUGUCCCAUGUAUGUAUACAUGUAAUUGUAUGUACGUAUUCAAUUUUUAACGUUCUGUGUACUCAUCAAUUUUAAAGAUGUCCUGAAAUAUGGCCGACACUUUUGUAAACCAUUGUUCUCUGGGAAUAAUAAUCAUGAAGGGUAAUUUGAUAGUCUUUAUUAUUUUUUUUAUAAUUAUGUAACUAAACAGAUAUUAUUUUCAAAUGCCAUUAGAAUAUUGCUGCCACUAGUUCGAUUUUGUAUUUCUAAUUUUCUUUUGGAAAUGGACGAUUAUGUAUUUUUUUCAAUAGCCCUGCCUGUCUGCUUCAAGCACAGAUUUUCAAAGCACAUACCACUGAAGGAUGUUGUGUGUCCAUUUGGACAUGACAGGAGAGUGUCAAAGAGUUCAAUGAACUCAUCCGAAUUUUAUGAUCUCAAUUUAUUUCAUUUCAUAUAAUUCAGCAACAUUUUGCUGGAUUGCCCCCGUCACACAACAUGCAUUUCGGGCUAGUUCAAACUUAAUGCAAUUGCAAACGCAGAUUUUACCCCAAAAAAAUGUGUAGUGAAAUUUUCCAGAAUAAAAAAAAAUGUGUUUCCAACUUUUGCAAACUUGCAGCAUGAGCACAACACACAAUUUUAGCCCAAAAAGAUUGACAAGGAAACAUUCACAACAACUGGUAAAAGACACAGAAGUUCAAUAAACUUUCUUUUUAUUAUAUCAAAGAUUGCUUUGAAAAUUGGGUUCGACUAAAGUUCAUUCAGACGAACAGGUGCUCGGUACCUCAUGAAUGAACUUAUCAUGAACCAGUGGUUGCAGACCUUAUGCGCAGCAGCCAUCUUAGAGGGCAUCUUUUGUUAUUUUAAUUCAUUUACAAUGAAUGCACAAAAGGUUCACUCAUGCAUCCCAGCAAAACAAAGGCAUUGCCCUCUAAGAUGGCUGCUAUUGGUCAACUGGUUUAAGUUCUAAGCUUCCAAAAAGCCCUCACAUAAGAUAUGUCUGCACUGCUAAACAAAUCCUGCAUUUUCUGCAAACAAACAUUUUUGUCAUUAUACUGGUCGAUUCACAUGUUUGUAUCCCUGUAUUUUGUAUACAGAUUUUAUAGGAGAGAAUAAAUUAAUUUGAAUGAAAC